AGAAAACGGAGGGGCGUGUUUUCCCCAUCGAAUCCCGGAGUCCGGACAGCAUCGUGUGGCGCGGCUGCCCGUCUUCCUUUCCGCCGCUGUCCAGCCAUGACCCUGCGAAGACUUCGGCGGCUCCGGCCCGGACAGCCGGCGCAAGACACGGCGGCGAGCGUGGCCGGCCCGGAAGCUCACGGCGGCCGAACAUCGGAGCUGGAAAAGGCGCUGGCGGCCUCGGGGGGCACCUUGCCCCGAGCCAGGAGGGGCUCUGGAUUCAAGUGGCACUCUCUUAGCCAGUCACCUGAGCAGCACAGGAAGGUGAUCACGCUGGAGAAAGAAGAGAGCCAGGCAUAUGGUUUUGAGAUUCAGACCUAUGGGCUACACCAUCAGGACACAAAACGUGUGGAGAUGUUCACUUUUGUUUGCCGGGUUCAUGAAAACAGCCCAGCCCAAGCAGCAGGCCUUAAACCUGUGUUCCCCCUCUGCUUUGUAGGAGACACAAUCACAGGCGUGAAUGGGCUUAACGUGGAAGGCAUCCGCCACCGUGAGAUUGUGGAGAUCAUCAAGGCAUCUGGAAACAUGCUCAGGUUAGAUACCUUGUAUGGCACAUCCAUCCGGAGGGCAGAACUGGAGGCUCGCUUGCAGUACCUCAAGCAAACACUCUAUGAGAAAUGGGGGGAAUAUCGGUCAUUGAUGGUGCAGGAGCAGCGCCUGGUCCAUGGGAUUGUGGUUAAAGACCCCAGCAUCUAUGAUACGUUGGAGUCCGUGCGCUCUUGCCUGUAUGGCUCUACACCCUAUGGGAUGCUGUUGUCAGGAGCUGGGAGUGCUUACAGCAGUGUGGGCUGUGUCAGCACUGCCACUGAUGAGACUGAGGAGUCUCUUUACCAGACUUGCUUUUUUGACUCCGCCGACUCCCUGGACAUUGUCCCCACAGCUGCCCAGUCUUCCCGGCCCAAGACAACAUUAACCCGCAGCACCAGCGUCAAAUGCACCAGCAGCAGCAAUGGGGAUGCUGGCUUCUGGGACAAAUCAGGAGAACCAAAGAUCUCUGUAGUCACGCCAAGGCCCCCCAAAAGCAAACAGGGAAGCUUCCGCAAGAGACUCCUCAAGUUUAUCCCCGGGUUGAACCGUUCUCUGGAGGAAGAGGAGAGCCAGUUAUAAAGGACAUUCUUACUGGAGAAGUGAGGCGGCGUUCAGCUGUGAGCCCAGCUGCCUCCACUUGCAGUGUUGGCUAUUUAUUUAUUUAUUUGACUAACAGAGGACUGGGCUUCCAAACGCCAACAGACUACCUGUUCUCUGUGGAAUGCAGGUUGCAUUGGCCAUGGAUUUUUGGAAGAAGAACUCAUCAGCUGGUUGGAAGUGGGGCGACACUGGGUCUUCAAAGUCCUAGGAAGAAAUGGGUGGAGGGGGGAGGGAGACCUCAAAAGUAAAAUGUAGCAAACUGAGAGGCCAAAGAAGCACAAGUGAUUUUGUAUCCUUCAUUCAGGCGAGGGUGGUCUUGGCCUGGGAUGUUUUUUCAGGAAUCGGCAUAAAGCAGUCUCUUCAA